AGUUCCUCCCAGCAAAAGUUUUUCAGCCAUUAUUAGAGGAAGGAUAGAGAAGAAAGUGAUGAUGAAGCAGCCGCAGCCGAGGGCAGUGGUGGUGGGAGGGAGCAUAGCAGGAGUGUCGUGUGCCCACGCACUUGCCUUGGCGGGCUGGGAUGUCAUAGUCCUUGAGAAGUCGCGCAGGCCUCCGACCGGCAGCCCCACCGGGGCAGGUGUGGGUAUAGACCCCCUCACGCAGCGGAUCAUUGGAUCUUGGCUCCAGAAACCAGGCAGCCUUCAUAAUAUAAGCUUGCCGCUGACGGUUCAUCAGAACCAAGCAAUCAGUGAUGGGAAGAUCAGCAAAAUCCUCACAAGAGAUGAACGCUUCAACCACAUUGCAGUCCACUGGGCAGACCUCCAUGGCCUUCUCUAUAACUCGAUUCCGCAACAGGUGCUCUUCCUCUGGGGCCACCUUCUCCACUCUUUCUCCGUGUCCAACAACAAGAAAUCUGUCAAGGUUAAGGCCAAGGUUCUUCAUAGCGGAGAAACCAUCGAAGUCAAUGGGGAUUUGCUUGUUGCCGCUGAUGGUUGCCUCUCUUCAGUACGCCAGAGUUUCCUUCCGGACCUCAAACUAAGGUAUUCAGGUUACUGUGCUUGGAGAGGAGUAUUUGAUUAUUCCGGGAUUGAAGAUUCCGGAAACAUGAAAUGGAUCAGAGCAACGUACCCUGGGCUCGGGAACUGCUUGUGCUUUGACUUGGCACCAGGAACUCAUAACGCCUUAUUUGAGAUCCCGAACAAACGAAUUAACUGGCUCUGGUAUAUCAAUCAGCCUGAACCCAAGCUGAAGGGUACUUCGGUUACGAUGAAAGUAAGAGAGGACAUGAUCAGGAAGAUGCAACAAGAAGCGGAAAAAGUUUGGCCCCCAGCCUUUGUCGAGAUCAUAAAGCUAACCGAGGAGCCUUUCAUAAAUGUCAUAUACGACGCAGACCCACUAGACCAGAUAUUCAGGGACAAUGUUGUGCUGGUUGGGGAUGCAGCCCACCCCACGACCCCACACUGUGCUCGGAGCACCAACAUGUCGAUCCUAGAUGCGGAGGUGCUGGGCCGGUGCCUGGGGAGGUAUCCUGGGAACCUGCGGUGCUCGCUCCGUGAGUACCAGGCAAUCAGGUCACCAGUCACUUCCGCGCAGGUCCUCAAGUCAAGGAGAGUCGGGAUGAUCAAGCAGGGCUUGAAGGUUCCUGGGUGUGACAAAUUAUUCGACCCAUGCAGGGCUAGCUCGGAAGAGCGUGAGGAGCUGGAGCCGAAGACUGUGCCUUUCACAAGUGAUGUUCCAUUGCAAGGAAAGGGGGCAGUAAGCUCUCUCUGAUGAACUCAUCUGUACAUUGGUCGGAGCCUUAACAUUGAGCAAAUCCCGGGUUUCACGAUCCAAUCUACUUCCAUUUUCAGGCCAACGCGACUCGUAUAAGUUGUUGCGGUAUUGAUUUGGAUUGCAGGGGAAUUGGAAUAGAGAACCUUUCAAUCAUUUGAAGAUGUCAUGUAUAAACUCGAUAUAUAUACAAUGAAUGUAAUUCUUUGCUUUUGAUCGAUGUCGAGGCAAGGAUUUCAUCAUGA